AUGGGUCAACUGUGUGGACGAUGCAUGCAGCUGCUGCGGGACUUCGUGGCCUUUGUUCACAGGAUGUCCUCUGACUUGGUGCAUAGCAUCAAGGAAUGCUUAGCUGUGGUAAGCAAAUGCUCCUGCUUAAAACAAAACAGCUCUAAAGCCAGACAGCUGUACAAGCCCAUCCUGCAGCCUCAUGAGAGGGUGACAGCACAGGAGUUUCUGCAGCAUAUUGAGACAGGUUUUGAAAUGUCACCACUUGGAAAGGACCCUCUGGAAGCCUUGAGGACCUUAGCCUUUUCAGAAAACCCAGGUUUACAGCAGUCUGCUGCCCUCUAUUACUUGCAUAUGAGUCAGCACAUGAAUGUCCCGCUGCCUGUGGAGCACCUGGAACCCUUCUAUGCCUUACUACGGUCUGCUGACCUGGAGGUGCAGCAGAUGUCUUCCUUGUCCCUUGUCAACUUUUUGCUGGAAGGAAAUAUUGACAAAGAAUUAGUUGUCCAAAUGGGUUUACUUGAGCCAAUUCUGGAUCUGCUUGAGUCAGAGGAUCCCACUGUCCAGUGCAAUUCCUGUGCCUGCACCAUGACUUUGGCUGUUUCAGAGUCCAACCGAGAGGCUAUUGGCGCUGCUCGAGGAAUUACACCCCUGCUGUCUCUUGCCAAUUCCUAUGAUCCUAGAGUCCAACAAAAUGCUGUUGGUGCUAUUCUCAACCUCACACAAUCAGAGAAAAUCCAACAGGUCCUAUGCAAGGAAGGAGCCCUACCAGUUCUUGCCUUGCUGCUUGAAUCUCCUGACUCAGAAGUGCAGUAUUACAGCUGUGCUGCACUAAGCAACGUGGCAGCCAACGUUCAGCACCACAAAGCCAUGCUGAGACCCGGCAACAGAUUCCUCCUGCGGACACUCAUCUCUCUCCUGUCCUCUCCUGUGGACAAGGUUUCAAGCCAGGCAUGUGUUUGCCUAAGAAAUUUGGCUACCAGUGCAGACAUCCAGGCCGAGAUGGUUGCUGAGGACGUCCUGCCCAAGCUGCGCUCUCUCCUGGCAUCCGGCAGCAAGGACGUGCGUCGCGCCUCCAUCGCUCUGCUCUGGAUACUGUCCCAGCACCCGCACAACCAGGACACUCUGGCGUGUGCCGAGCUACUACAGAGCCUGGGGAUGCUACUGUCAGCACAUAAAACAGACCCUGUGAUUGUUGGCCAUACUGCUUGUAUCAUCAAAAACCUGAGCCUUUCCAAAAACAGACAGAGAAUCAUGGAGAGCCCAUGUGUUGAAGGUCUCCUCCAGGCCAUGCUUUCUACUGACCUUCAAGAAGAUUCUCUUCAUUAUGUGACAUCUUGCCUUGCUGAGCUGGCAAAGCAAGAAGGAGCCACGUUACACAUGGUUCAGUGGAUGGAUGAACCCUUGACAAAGUGCUUGGUGAGACUGGCUGGCCAACUGGAACAUAUUGAGGCAUCCUUUCAAGCUGCCUCCAUCAUCCAGCACACGAUAGGUCACGGAAAAAUGAUGUUUUUAUUGAAGUGUCACAUCGGAGAGAUUCAGGCCUACCUCAAGAAUUUUCUUACCCACCAAGAGAUCCGCUUUCAGCAGCUGGGCAUCUCUACGUUCUGCAGACUGCGAGAAGAUCCAGAAUUUUCAUUAGCAUUCAGAAAAAGCCAAAUGGGCAAACUCCUUGAGCAAGUCCGUCAACAAACAGAAGAAACUCAAGAGCUCCUUAGGGCAGCUAUUUGCCACGAAGACAGUUAA